GGUUCUGGUUACUUUCCUUACGUUCACCCACUCCAGUGUUGUGUGAUGAUGUCGAUUCGGGAUAGAGGGCACCCAUACCGAAAGAACUACGGGAAGAAAGAGAACGGGAAGAAUACCGGGCAAAUGAGCUGAGAGAGCCUGAACUCUGAGCAGCUGGUGUUUGGCCAUCAAAGUGUCAGGAUCUCAACCGCAUCUUUGCGCUUUAGUAGAGAGAGAAGGACUGAAAACAUUCCCAGGCAUGAGAAAAUCCACAUCCACUUGGGCCUUGGGGAGCCUGGUGGUCAGCUUCUUGCUCGGUAUCACCAUUGUCCUCAUCCUAUUCGGACCCGUGUACAUUCUCCGCCAUCCGUCGCCGGUAAAAUUGGCUAUCAUCACACAUGAUAAUGAAUUCGGAAGACGCAUUGCCCUGUCGGGUGAGCAAGCCGUUCUGGAUAUCAAUCGUUCAGUCGAUACCAUGAGUGGCUUCGGACCCAAGGCCCCUCGAAUCCAACUGAUCAGCCAUUCCCAAGGAAACACGAGUGAGACCGUUCUCAAGCUGAUGAAUGAAGGAGUCUCACAUUUCCUGAUGGAUUCCAACAACCAGGACAUUGGCACUUCUGUGGGACGUUAUUGCCGCAAAUGUAUCAUUUAUUCACUGUCGAGCAUGCCCAGAGUAGGAAAUGUGUCCCAGACCUUGGUUGCCGUGGAUUUUGAUCACACGGUCAUGGCCAGAGCGUAUGCCCAAUUGCUAAACGCAACUAACCCGUACCCAAAGCCGCUAUUCAUCAUUCCGAUAUUGCGACACGAGGAGGAAUCGAAACGAUUUUUCGACCUCUUCUUCAACGUCAUUCAAGGCUAUCCCAAUGUCAAGUUGACCUCGCCCGUGAUUUACAAAGUCUCGGAAUACCAGCAGAGCGACGCACUUCAAGCCAUUUCUGAUAUUGGCACUCGCAUAGGGCUUGUGCCCAGAGCCCAAUUGUUCUUCAUUUCUAGUCAGGACCUCAUGCUCAUGAUUCAAACUGGACACAUGAACAAGGCUCUGGGUAAACGCCGAUGGUUUGCUCGAGAUUUGGUCCACAUCGAGGAUCAAUUGCGAAACAAUGAACGGGUCAGCAAGUUUUGUGAACAAGUCAGUUUGACCACUCUGGCUUAUUUGGCAGACGGGGACUCCAUUUGGGACCGCCAAUUGCGAGAGAACGCGUGGAAACCACGCCAAAAUGCGCCUGCGGGCCUGACCACAUUUUAUGAGGCCCUUUCUUACGAAACUGUCAUGCUUCUUCAUCGCGUUCAUACCAAGGCUUUGAUCCGAAAUGCCGUGCGUGAAAUCGAGUUCAUGAGUGACGAGGGGUCUUUCGACGAUCAAUUUCACACGAAGUUAUCGGGUCUUUUGGCCUCACACGUGUAUAAGCACAGCACCACCAUCGAGAUGAUCCCGAGGACACGUUGGAUCAUGGAGCAUUGGCUGAAAGUCAAUCAAAGUACGACAUCAUCGCCCGAUCACGUGGCCAUUUCUCAGAUCCCCACUCAAUCGCUGCUGAAAGCGGAAUUAGAGCGCGUUCAAAAUCUGAAUCAAUGCCAGAAUUUGCUGACCAUUCAAGUGAACGUGGAACCUUCGAUUCUCAUGCCAACCGGACACCUGGUCAUGGACUAUUCACAAAUGCCAUCGAUUUUGAUUGUGCCCAGCACUGGAGAGCUCAGAGUCGAUUAUACGUGUGAAAAGUCUUCAUUUUCCUACCAAUGCCUCCCCUCAAGAUUUGACUUGGGCAAUCUCACUUGUUUUUCCACUUUCGUGCCCAAAAAAGACCCAAAACAAGAGCAAGAGCACCAACCAGAUCCAGAUUCAUACCCGAGAAGACCCAAACGGGACGCCUGGAAAAACGCUAUGGAUGGCACUUUAGAUGUGUGGAAGGGUCUUUUACCCAACGUGAUCGCAUGCACUUCGUCUUUCGCCGGAUGCGACUUUUGUAUGUAUUUCUUGGCCACGUACAACAUUUCCGCCUCGCCAGCUGGUUGUGUGGCGGGAUGCUCUCUAGGAACCUUUGGGGCUUGUUCCACGCUCGUGACAACAUCGCUAACCAACUCGUUAGGAUGGAGCUAAGCGCUUUUCAUGGCCAUGGAACGAAGCUGUCGAGGCCUAGAAGGCCCACGGCUAUUCAAUUCUACACCACUGACGCUUAAUCCUGACUGAAGAAGAAACCCCAGCACUGCCACUCACAAAUUGGAUUGAAAUAUCCUCUUUGAUGUGCAUAUGAUUGUCAGAUGUAUUGUACUGUUUAGAGCUAACUCAAGAGGAAAAUCAAUACUGAACUCAAACAAAGAUCGCAACCUUAUAUGUAUGGCCUUCUGGGCAAAGUUCAGUUAUAACCAGAAUUGGCCUUAGCUAUUAGUUGUCGCAGAAAAAUACCCGGCUAGCGGGAUAAUGAUCCAAAACAAGCUCGAAACAGGUCAUAAAACCAGUUCAGAAUACAUUAAGAUUUCCCAUUAAAAUAAAGUCACUAUAUUUUGAACGCAAAUCAGCUAGGAACG